GCGAGGUCUGGUCGCAGAGCCGCAGACGCGCGGUCCUCGGCGGCCCCAGCCCGCGGCACCCUCCACCGCUGGCCGGCGGCGAGCCCCUGGGCGCCAGCCCCUCCGCUCCGCCGAAAAGGUUCUCGCGUAGCCUGAUGAAGUCCUCCGAUAUCGAUCAGGAUUUAUUCACAGACAGCUAUUGCAAGGUGUGCAGCGCACAGCUUAUAUCCGAAUCUCAGCGUGUGGCCCAUUACGAGAGUCGAAAGCAUGCAAGCAAAGUCCGGCUGUAUUACAUGCUGCACCCCCGGGACGGGGGCUGUCCUGCCAAGAGGCUCCGCUCAGAGAAUGGGGGCGACGCCGACAUGGUGGACAAGAACAAGUGCUGCACGCUCUGCAACAUGUCCUUCACCUCCGCGGUGGUGGCCGACUCACACUACCAAGGCAAGAUCCACGCCAAAAGGUUAAAGCUGCUGCUGGGGGACAAGACGCCCCUAAAGACCACAGCUGCGCCCCUGAGUUCCCUGAAGCCCCCGCGGAUGGACGCCGCGCCGGUGGUCGCAUCUCCCUAUCAAAGAAGAGACUCAGACAGAUAUUGCGGGCUCUGUGCAGCCUGGUUCAAUAACCCUCUCAUGGCCCAGCAGCAUUAUGAUGGCAAGAAACACAAAAAGAACGCAGCCAGAGUCGCUUUGUUGGAACAGCUGGGUACCACCCUGGAUAUGGGAGAGCUGAGAGGUCUGAGGCGCAAUUACAGAUGUACCAUCUGCAGCGUCUCCCUGAACUCCAUAGAACAGUAUCACGCCCACCUCAAAGGCUCUAAACACCAGACCAACCUGAAGAAUAAGUAGUGAAAACAUCGAUCAAGAGAUAAGAAAACAUAUCAGCAUUUCUCUGCCGGGGAGAAUUUGCUUAGCACCCACCAGAGGAGGAUCUUUCUUGAACAAUGAACAUUUCUUACAAGGA